GCAUCUCACAUGAGACACCUAUUGUGAUUCUCCCUAUUGUCCCCCAGCCUCAAGAUUCACUUCUCUCACUGGAACAUCUACAAACCUUCCCUUGGAUCAUUCCUUCGACACAUAAAACUAUCUGCAGAAAGUGCAAUUCCCGGGAGCAACGAUGGCCGGUCUCAAUUCAGACCCGUUCGCUCAGCUCCCCAUCGAGACGAAUCAACACAUUGCCUCCUUUCUCGAAUACGACCAGGACCUCUGCAGCUACCGACUCAUCUGCCAAUCCACCCUCAAUGCGAUCGACGCAGACAACUGCUCCUUCUGGCGCCGACGCUUCCUCACUCGCUUCGAAAAGCCAAGCUGGUCAGGCUCGAAUGCUCAGUACAAGUCUAGCUACCAGAAAAGGCAGAAUGUGCUGAAGCACGGUGCAUUCUUCAAACAAGGUCGCACGCUGGAGGAGUAUAAAUGUCUCGAAGUCUUGCGAGACCUCAUCGUCGAGUCGUUCUCCAGCAAACCCAGCGCAGAGGAUCAGGUCUACGAGUCCCUCAAUCUCCAGACCAUCCUGAAGUUCAUCGUCGCCAACAACUUUCUGCAAAGCGUCUUCCAGCCCUUUCGGAGCACCCGUCCUCAAAUGUCCAUCAAACCCCUCCUGCAUACCCUUCAGAUCCUUUGCGCCCCGAUGCUCCUGAGCCUUGAGCCACACAUCAUGAACCACCACUUCGGCUUCCCAGACUCCCAGUCCGCAGUCUACUCGUGCGGCUUUAAAUACCCUCUCAUUGCCGGCAUCGACGACCGCACCAUCAAUAUGGAUCUACUCCUCCACAACGUCAACUUCUGGAAAUACCACAUGAUUCGCGAGGCAGAAGCCACCCUCUUCCAAUCCUUCUCCCAGCUGGACGACGACGAGCGUCCGCGCUGGUGGAGCACGCAACUGACCCAGAAACGACAGCCACUAGGACGUCACUGGAAGGGAAGCUAUGCCUAUCUCUCCCUCAAAGAAGUCAAGGCCCUCCGUCAGGGUGGAAGCGACGACCAGAUCCAGGACUGCUUCGCGGGAGAAGAUGACGCCUUCGCCUUCCAAGACAUGCGACUGGACGAAGUGGAAGACGACCAGCCAUUCCCCUGGCCCCCUCUCUUCGAACGCCACCUGCAAUCGCUCAAACAGCCCACCAACCACGCCAAAACCCGCGCCCAGAGGCGCUCCACCGCAUCAUCGUCCGAAGAUCCCGCCAGCCCGACCAAAGCCGUCAGCUUCCGCUUCAAUGGCGAAGGCAUCGACACGUCGGAGUCGUUCCUCGCUACCGGCUGGCUGAACCCGCUGCCUCCGCAACAGGGUAUUCCCGGCUGGCAACGCGUGACGAUGAUGAAGUACUUCGCCGACGAGGACACGGGGUCCAUCGACACCGAGGCGCUCUGGGCUUACGAAGGCGUUGUGCUGCCUGGGGGUCAGAUCAUGCUGGGCCGCUGGUGGAGUGUCGCCGACACGGAUGACGAGAUGUAUUCCGGCCCCUUCAUCUUGUGGUGUGUGGAUGGGCCGAAGUACGAUGCUACGGGGGAGGGGGAGGAGGAGAUGGAUGACGGGCCUUCCAUGGUCCUGGACGGGUGAGUUGGGCUCGAAGCAAAUGCGGACUAUCACGCAGUCCUUCCACGGCAGAUUAGUCGUGGUUGGAUUGGGGCACACACCGUGCACAUUAAUAAUCGGACUGGGGAAUAUUUUUAUGGGUUCUGGGCACGACAUUCGGGAAGGUUCAAGACUUAAUUACAUGAGAGUGGAGGAUGUGUGCUACUGAUAUAGUCACUGGUAUUCUUGGUAUUUAGUCGCCUCAGGCGC